GCCAUGGGCAUCUGGAUUGUGGAAUGCUUUAAAUACACCGAAGCGGGGGUUCCUGAUCCUCCACGUUCGAAGGCCCUCCUUCUUCCUCCCUUCGUAGCGCCGCCUCGAUCUUUCGAUUGGGUAAAAUGGAGGACACCUUCCUUUUCACCUCUGAAUCUGUCAAUGAAGGACACCCUGACAAGCUUUGUGAUCAGAUUUCUGAUGCAGUUCUUGAUGCCUGUCUUGAACAAGACCCUGACAGCAAGGUUGCUUGUGAGACAUGCACUAAGACUAACAUGGUCAUGGUUUUUGGUGAGAUCACCACCAAGGGCAGCAUUGAUUAUGAGAAGAUUGUCCGCAGGACUUGCCGCUCAAUUGGAUUUACAUCCAAUGAGGUAGGGCUUAAUGCUGAUCACUGCCAGGUGCUUGUAAACAUCGAGCAGCAGUCUCCUGACAUUGCCCAAGGUGUUCAUGGGCACUUCACUAAGCGCCCCGAGGAGAUAGGAGCUGGUGACCAGGGACACAUGUUUGGCUAUGCAACAGACGAGACUCCUGAGCUGAUGCCUUUGAGCCAUGUCCUUGCUACUAAGCUUGGUGCACGCCUCACUGAAGUCCGCAAAAACGGGACUUGCUCCUGGUUGAGACCUGAUGGCAAAACCCAAGUCACAGUCGAGUACCGCAAUGAUCAUGGAGCUAUGGUUCCUCUCCGCGUCCACACUGUCCUCAUCUCCACCCAGCAUGAUGAAACUGUCACUAACGAUGAGAUUGCUGCUGACCUCAAGAAGCACGUCAUCAAACCUGUCAUCCCUGAGCAAUAUUUAGAUGAAAAGUCUAUUUUCCACCUCAAUCCCUCAGGUCGCUUUGUGAUCGGUGGGCCUCAUGGAGAUGCUGGCCUUACUGGUCGUAAGAUCAUCAUCGACACAUACGGUGGUUGGGGAGCCCAUGGUGGUGGCGCCUUCUCUGGCAAGGACCCAACCAAGGUUGACCGCAGCGGUGCUUACAUUGCAAGGCAGGCAGCUAAGAGCAUUGUGGCCAGCGGACUAGCUCGUCGUUGCAUCGUCCAAAUCUCUUACGCAAUUGGUGUCCCUGAACCUCUAUCUGUGUUUGUUGACACUUAUGGCACUGGGAAGAUCUCUGAUAAGGAGAUACUGAAGCUUGUGAAGGAGAAUUUUGAUUUCAGGCCUGGGAUGAUUAUCAUUAACCUGGACUUGAAGAGAGGUGGCGGUGGCAGGUUCCUCAAGACUGCAGCGUACGGUCACUUUGGCUGGGAUGAUCCUGACUUCACCUGGGAGGUAGUUAAGCCACUCGCAUGGGAGAAGCCAGACGUUAAUUAGAUUACUAUAAUCUGUUCUAGUUGUUACACAUACUAUAAACUGCCAAACUCUGAUCCUGAGUGCCUACUUGUUAGCUAGCUUAGAUGAUGCUUCGUACACAAUUCACAUCUGUUGUCAAGUGGUCUUUUUUGAUCGUUUUUUACUUUCUCUUUUAGCCAAUCGCCAUACAUUUUCUUUUUAAUUUUUGUUUCGCCUGUCUCUUUGUCAAACUACCCUCAAU